AAUCAUCUCAGUCCUUAACCCCAAAAAAAACAAAAUCAUGUCUCAAUUUCAUAUCUUAUUAACUUUAGCACUUGCCAUUGCCACUGUUUCAGUGGUUAUAGCUCAAGUCCCUCCAGAGAAACAAUUCAGAGUCGUCAACGAAGGCGAAUUCGGUCAAUACAUCACCGAGUACGACGCGAGUUACCGAUUCAUCCAAUCAUCAAACCAGAGCUUCUUCACAUCACCAUUCCAGCUCUUGUUUUACAACACUACCCCUAGCGCGUACGUCUUAGGUCUCCGAGUCGGACUCAGGCGUGACGAGUCUACCAUGCGUUGGAUAUGGGACGCAAAUCGCAACAAUCCCGUCGGAGAAAACUCUACACUCUCACUCGGCCGUAACGGCAACCUCGUCCUCGCUGAAGCUGACGGACGAGUCAAGUGGCAGACUAACACAGCUAACAAGGGCGUCACCGGAUUCCGAAUCUUACCCAACGGCAACAUGGUCCUACACGACAAAAACGGCAAAUUCGUUUGGCAGAGUUUUGAUCACCCCACCGAUACACUCCUCAACGGCCAGUCGUUAAAAGUUAACGGCGUUAACAAACUCGUUAGCCGUACAUCUGAUUUAAACGGCUCAGAUGGUCCGUACAGCAUGGUGCUGGACAACAAAGGUUUAACCAUGUACGUUAACAAAACCGGUACGCCGUUAGUUUACGGCGGAUGGCCGGAUCACGAUUUCCGCGGCACCGUAACGUUCGCCGUUACAAGAGAGUUCGAUAAUUUAACGGAGCCGUCAGCUUACGAGCUUCUCCUAGAACCCGCACCACAACCCGCUACGAAUCCGGGUAAUAACCGCCGGUUACUCCAAGUCCGACCAAUCGGAAGCGGAGGAGGAACUUUAAACCUGAACAAAAUCAAUUACAACGGAACGAUUUCGUAUCUAAGACUCGGAUCUGACGGGAGUCUCAAGGCUUUUUCGUAUUUCCCACCAGCUACGUAUCUCAAAUGGGAAGAGAGUUUCUCAUUCUUCUCCACUUACUUCGUCCGUCAAUGUGGCUUACCGUCGUUUUGCGGCGAUUACGGUUACUGCGAUCGAGGGAUGUGUAUCGCGUGUCCUACACCAAAAGGAUUACUCGGAUGGAGUGAUAAAUGCGCGCCACCUAAAACGACGCAGUUUUGCAGCGGAAAAGCUGUCAACUAUUAUAAGAUUGUCGGUGUUGAGCAUUUUACUGGGCCUUAUGUUAAUGAUGGACAAGGCCCAACUUCUGUGAACGAUUGCAAGGCCAAGUGCGAUCGUGAUUGCAAGUGUUUGGGUUACUUCUACAAGGAGAAAGACAAGAAGUGUUUGCUUGCUCCUCUUCUCGGUACACUUAUCAAAGAUGCCAACACUUCUUCUGUUGCUUAUAUCAAAUAUUAGUGUUUUAUCGCACGAUUUCUAUACCGAAUUCUACUUGAAUUCUUAGAGAUUUAAUGAAUAAUUGGUGUGCUUUGUAAUGAUGCACCGUUGAAUUACUGUACUACCUCUUUCAUUUCAAAGCCAUUGGCUUUAUUUACUAUAUAUAUACAAGUACCUUUUAGAAUCAAAAUACCAUGUGAAA